AUGAAGUCGUGGAUGCCUAACAGCUCCCACUGGCUGCUGCAGUUCGACAUUUCCCUGCUGCGUUCUCCAGUUGCUAUAGCCAGCAAAUAUCAUUCACCUUUGCAACGAUUGGAUAAUUUCACACUUAUGAAAUUGGUACGAACAUUUGUACUGGCGGCUAGUGACUCCACUGCAACGGCUCUGAGCUGUAUAUUUGCACUUCUGGGUUUGCACCCAGAAUGGCAGGACGCAAUUCAAAAGGAAGUGGACGAAAUAUUCGGCACUGGGGAUGAUUACCUGAGACCCACUAUCGACAGUGACCUUGCUCAGCUGAAGGUCACUGAGGCUGUCAUAAAGCGUCGUCUUCGUCUUCCUGAACCUGCUGCACCGCCAGCCGACGCUCUUCCCAGACCCCGUAAGUUCGACCCGCGUCGCUUCCUGGAGGGCGGCGGCGCUGGUACACUUUUCCCCUACAGCUACCUGCCGUUCGGCGCUGGGUCGCGCCUCUGUCUGGGUGGACGCUUCGCCAUGCUGGUGAUGAAGACGACGCUAUCUAUGGUGAUGCGGCAGUUCCGCAUCGUCGCCAGCUGCACUAGGGAGGAGCUGGAGGAGAUCGCAGUCUUCAUCAUUGGCAAGCCUGUCCGCGGCAUCAGGAUCAAGUGCAUCCCACGUUCAGCUCCCACGAUGAAGAAUUGAACUUAGUAGAGUGAACUAAAACAGAAGCACAGAACAGAAGUUCAGUCAGCGAGAUUCGCUGUGAUCCUAAGUUCAUUAUCCACUUUGUGACUUCAGUAUACAUGAACACAGACGACAGUGAAACACAUUUAGCCCCAUGAAUUGUUUUCAUAUUGGCUUCGACUUUCACAAUCGUACAGCCAUCUGUAAUAAUGACAGACAGGAUUGUUUAAUCACAUGGACUGUAGAAUUAAUUCAAGUUUCACACAUUAUUCAAUAUAUGAAUAUGUAUAGCGAGUUUGCACUGAUAAAUGUGAA